AUUUUAUAUAGUACUGUAUCACAAAAGAUGCAAUUAAGUUUGUUCUAAAGAUCAUAUCCUAAAUAUAUAUAAAAAGGGGGAAAAAUAAAUAGCAGAAAGAAAAGACAUUUCUAGAUGGACUACACCACCUCACCUUGCGUACGUGGCACUUGGAAGAAGCCUCUAGCUACUAGUAGUACAGAGUACAGACACCACGCGUCGUCAGCGUCAAUUUCUUUCUCUGUUUCUUUUAGUUUUUUUUUUUCAUUUAUGAAAAGAGAAGAAAUGCAAAUUUUGAACCUGCCAGCUCCUGAAGCCUCGUACUCAUAUACUAGAAAGAUUGGACGAUUGUGCUGGUUUGUCCAAUAAAAUCAAACAAAGCUGCUUAUAAUAAUUCUUGGUUACUUCCAAUGUGCACCUUGUUUAAUUUCGCAUUCAGUCGAUUUCAGUAAUUGAGCUUCUUUUCUACUCACCCACCCAUAUUGUUGUUCAUCAUCCACACGCCGCCCCCAGAUGGCAGAUGCGAUCAAGAGUCAAGUUGGGUCGUUUCCUCCUGGGAAAAAGAUAACGGUUGUGUUUGUACUAGGUGGCCCAGGCAGUGGCAAGGGCACUCAGUGUUCCAACAUUGUCAAACAGUUUGGCUUCACCCAUCUGAGUGCUGGCGACCUUCUGCGUGAAGAAGCUAAAUCUGAUACUGAACAAGGUACGAUGGUAAAGAACCUGAUGCAUGAAGGAAAACUUGUGCCGUCUGAGCUGAUCAUCAAGCUUCUGCUGAAGGCCAUGCUUCAGAGUGGAAAUGAUAAGUUCCUUGUUGAUGGAUUUCCUCGGAACGAAGAGAACCGCCAAGCAUAUGAGAGUGUUAUUGGUAUUGAGCCUGAGUUCAUUCUGUUCAUCGACUGCCCAAAGGAAGAGUUGGAGCGGCGCAUUCUACACCGGAAUCAGGGAAGAGAUGACGACAACAUUGACACUAUUAGGAAGCGGUUUGAAGUUUUCCAGGAGUCAACUCUACCUGUUGUUCAGUACUAUGAGAAAAGGGGGAAGCUUCGAAAGAUCGAUGGCGCCAAAUCCCCUGAUGCAGUUUUUGAAGAUGUGAAGGCUAUAUUCUCUCAACUGAACACUACUCAGGAAAACCAAGGUAGCAGUAUGAGCAGCAGAGUACAGAGCAAUCCACUGAAGCGGUUCCUGGACCUGCUCUGUGGAUGCUUUGGGACGCAGGAAGCGAGAAGCUAACUGAUGAGAUGGUAGUUCUGAAUUCUUGUGUGCUAGUGGUGUAUGUACAUCCUUGUUCAGUCCUCGAGGCUGAAGCAACAACAUACGUCCAAAAAGGAUUCAGAUAACACUUGCUGUGUGUGGUUGAAGACUUGAAGUGUGUCCAUAUCUGAGUGUGCGUGUUGUGUAGAUUCAGUCUGUCGAGUUUGCUGUGAUCCAUCCAUUGCCAGUAUGCCAUUGGCGGAGUGUGUGUGUGUGUGUAUGUACAAACUAGUUGAAAAAAAAAAACAGAGAAUGGCCCUGCCCAGCUGCACCUGUAACACACAGAUUGCAUUUGUAAUUUUAAGUGCAGGACAUGGAUGUGAUGUGUGCAGAUCA